AUGUCUAGCCAGCCUCUUCUCCAGACUGCUCCGGGCAAGCGCAUUGCCCUCCCCACGCGUGUCGAGCCCAAGGUCUUCUUCGCCAACGAGCGUACCUUCCUCUCAUGGCUCAACUUCACCGUCAUCCUCGGCGCCCUCGCCAUCGGCAUGCUUAACUUUGGCGACCGCCCCGCGUUCAUCAGCGCCUUCCUCUUCACUGGUGUCGCCAUGCUCACCAUGAUAUACGCACUGGCGACGUACCACUGGCGCGCCAAGUCGAUCCGCGUCCGCGGCCAGGCUGGUUUCGACGACCGCUUCGGCCCCACCUUCCUGGCCAUCAUUCUGUUGUUGGCCGUUGUCGUCAACUUUGUCCUCCGAAUUACCUACUCUUCCAAGGAGGGCAAGCACUGA